UACGAGUUAUAAAAGAAACGACGAUUGCCAACGCCAUUUUGUACGAAACACAAACUUCACCUGUGUCAGAAAAAGCGGAUAUUUUCCUCGUAUGCGAUCGUGGACGAAGUAGUCGGCCAGUGCAAUCCGUCGUUCUAGUUCUUGUUAGCCUAAGAAUCCGUGCACAUCGCCGCGAUGGAGGAAAAAGCGUCGCUAAAAGAAUUGGACCAGUGGAUAGAACAGCUCAACGACUGCAAGCAGUUGACAGAGAGUCAAGUCAAGACCCUGUGCGACAAGGCCAAGGAAAUCCUUUCCAAAGAGUCAAACGUGCAAGAGGUCAAGUGUCCAGUGACGGUAUGCGGAGACGUGCACGGCCAGUUCCACGACCUGAUGGAGCUCUUCAGGAUCGGCGGCCGGUCGCCAGACACAAAUUAUUUGUUUAUGGGCGAUUACGUUGAUCGUGGUUAUUACUCCGUAGAGACAGUAACACUUCUAGUGGCGUUGAAGGUGCGCUACAGAGAAAGAAUAACCAUCCUUAGAGGCAACCACGAGUCGAGGCAAAUCACCCAAGUCUACGGAUUCUACGACGAGUGUUUAAGAAAAUACGGCAACGCCAAUGUGUGGAAGUUCUUCACAGACCUGUUCGACUACCUGCCCCUGACAGCCCUGGUCGACGGCCAAAUUUUCUGUUUACACGGCGGUCUGUCGCCCUCGAUCGACACCCUCGACCACAUCAGGGCGCUCGACCGUCUGCAGGAAGUACCUCACGAGGGUCCCAUGUGCGACCUUCUGUGGUCCGAUCCUGACGACCGAGGUGGAUGGGGCAUUUCGCCCCGAGGUGCAGGCUACACCUUCGGACAGGACAUCUCAGAAACAUUCAACCACACAAAUGGACUCACCCUCGUGUCUCGAGCUCACCAACUUGUUAUGGAGGGAUACAAUUGGUGUCAUGAUCGAAACGUAGUGACAAUUUUCUCUGCCCCCAACUAUUGCUAUCGCUGUGGGAACCAGGCCGCCAUUAUGGAACUUGAUGACGCCCUGAAGUAUUCAUUCCUGCAGUUUGAUCCCGCUCCUCGUAGAGGGGAACCCCACGUCACCCGCCGGACACCCGAUUACUUCCUUUAAGCCUAGGCUAAGGUCAGCUGGCGUGAUUUAGCAGCAACCAAGUGGACCGAACACGCCACAAGUCCCAAAGCACACGCAGCUGUAGGUUCAACAACAUUUGGCUGCAUUUUAUCCCAGCCUGAGGAGUAAUUAAAUAAUUAAUUAUCGAAGAUUACUAUUGCAAAAAAGAAGUGUCGGUUGCUCGGCGCGAGGCCCCCGCGCGCUCCCUGCCCCCAUGUUAAGAAAGCCACCGCAACGCUCACUGCAUUUGAACCCUUGUUAACGCCGCUUUGGAAAUUGGCGCGACGGAGUUCUCGAGCCGAGCAACAAUGUGGAAAUAAUUAAGAGAAAAAUAACCAUGCAGAAUGUCCUGUAAGCUAAGUUCUAGGCAAAUUGUAAUAGGUAACAAAAAAACACUGCUCUGUUUUGGCCAUUGGUUGCGUGCUGUCCCAAGUUGACGGAGGCAAUUCAGAAUUGAUACGUUAAUCCAUAGUACUUUGGUCUUACUUAUCGUUAGGGUGUAAAGCUGUAUAAAAUGCUCUAAUUAAUAAUAUCCUUUUGUCAUCAAUGUUUGGUCGCUAACACUGAAAACGGUGAAUCGAAACCUGUGUUUCGAUCGUCAGUCUGUGGCAUUAUAUCAUCUCUAGUUUUAAGGGACACUUGUUAUCUGCAUUUUUGUUAAUGAUCCGCCCUACAUUAAAUUAUUUAUUCGUGCCCGGCAUUGACUUGGAACAGCACAUCUAAAGAAAAUCUUUUUAACUGAAAGCACCCCUUUGCUUUCUGGGCCCCCAUUUUUUUACAUAAACAUUAUUGUGAAUGGCCUCUGGCUUCCGGGCUUGUCCGGACGAUGAGAUUAGUUAUGUGUGGUCACUUCUUCUCCCCAAUUUCUUAAUGAAACUAUAGAUUGUAAAAUAAUACAACAGAUAAUUAAACAAAGAUGCUUCUGGACUCGCAUUCAAGGUCACACGUCACAGCAGAGUUUUCGCAAAACAGGCUUCAAUUUUUCAUUGGAACCACCGCAUACUGCUUCUUUCCUUUUGUUCUUGUACGAUCAAGUAUUAGACCGCCUGUUACAUUAUUUGAUUAUGCCGGAUUAUACAUACUGCAAACGCGCGCGUUCCUGUGUAUAAAAUGAAUGCAAAUGUUCCGAGACAAAAAAGAACAUUUGGAGCCGCCGACAAUGGGUCUGCUUCUGUUGUUGAUUUUCUUUUAAAUGUGUACAAUAAUCAUGAGCAAAACAAUAUGUGAGCGAGAUAUAUUCUGAAAUUGGUUGAAGAUCUUAUGUGAUGUGCCUGGUUCAGACUGUCAGAAAUAAACAACUCUGUGAAUAAUAAA